CAACGUUCACAGUUGUCGUUCUCAGCUUAGCGUGGUUGGACGUGGUUCAACGAGUUUCCAUAUUAUUAAACAAUUGAUAAUUGAGUGUGACGUGAAGUAUUUGUAAUACUGUAAAUAGCUUGUUGUGUUGUGCACUUUACUAAAUCAAGAUGCUGAGAUACUUGUGCAUUCUAGCUGUAAUCACUCAACUGCUUUCCUCGGCUAACUCUGAAGCUCCUGCGUACAUCAAGCAAUGCCGACGCGAUGAUCCCCAGCUUGUGGACUGCUUUAUUGCCGCCCUAGAGCACCUGAGACCGUAUCUGGCUAGCGGCAUACCCGAGAUCGAGUUGCCGCCCGUUGAGCCCUUCAAGAUGGACAGUCUGGCGCUGCAGCUCACCGAGGGACCGCAGGGCUACAAGAUUACACUAAAGAACAUGGAUGCCUAUGGCGCCAGCAGCUACGAGGUGAAGUCUCUGCAACUGGGCCAAAAUGGUGGAGAGCCGUUCAAGGCCCGUCUGGUUAUUCCUAAGCUCAAAAUCGAGGCAAAGUACACUAGCUCCGGUGUACUUUUGAUUAUCCCCGCUUCUGGUGGUGGCGAUUUCCAUGCUGUAUUCGAUGGAGUCACCGCUGAUCUGACUGGCAAGACAUCGGAGCGCAACGGGUAUUUGCAUGUGGAUUCUCUCAGCAUCGUUUUGGAUGUGAAGAAGAUCGACAUGAACAUCUCCCGUGCAUUUAACAACAAUCGAAUAUUGCUGGAGGCAACAAACCUUUUCCUGCGCGAUAACUCACGACUUGUUCUGGAUGCCAUGCAAGGACAGCUUCAAAAGAAAUUAGCCUCUGAGUUCGGCAAGCUGGCCAAUCAGCUACUUAAGAACGUUCCUAUCUCACAAUUUUACUCCAAUUAGUCGCAACAUAUUACUGAAACUAGUUUUAAGUAUUUUUUAUUUAAUUGUAUAAUGAAUGUUAUCGCUAUGAACAAAGUAUUAAAUAAUCUAUUGAUAAACA